GCCGGGGGCGCACAGAGGGGGAGGAGAGGCGGUCCCGGAGCCCCCCUCUGCCGACAGCCACAGGGUGAACCAGGACAUAUGUGUCCAGCCUGAGAUCCUCAGGCAGAGGUUGGGCCCGAGGCCUGGACCCGUCACUGAGGGGAGGACCCAUCCCUGCCUGAAGGAUGAAGACUUGUCUUUAAGGGUGACAGCCGAUCUCUCCCUGACCCUGGGUCUUCUGCACCCUUCUUCCCUCAGCCCUGGCUCUGGCUGCAUUCACAUCCCUCCUGAGGGUGUCUGCAUUCUAGGGCUCCCCGACAGGGACUUGGCCAGAAAUAGGCAGUGUUUCCCCUUGGGUGAGUGGCAGGGUUUUCUUCUCCACUCUCACUUGUCCUCAAACCCAUUCAACCAUCAUCCUGUCACUUUCCCAACCUCUUCCUUCACCCCAAGGACCUUCUUCUUCUCCAACCCACCCCCAGCCUCCUUUGUCCUGGUUUUCUGGUCUUAUGCCCUGUCCCCUCCCACCCACUCCCCCAUGAGCCUCCCCCAGCACCCUCCUUCCUAAUCUCGGGAGGCAUCUCGUCUGGCUGAACUGGAGAAUUCCGGGAUCUAGGCCAUCCUCUGUAGCGGACAGCCCUAUCCUUGGGAUGAGGAACAGGAGAGAGCUGGGAGAAGGGAGGGGUGGGGUCAGGAACCCCUGAAGACAGAGACUGUGGGGAGCCUGGGACUGAGGGAAAAGCCAAGGAGCCACAGCCAAAGGAAGAAGGGGGCCAGCAGCGAGGUACUUGCUGGAUGAGGUCCAACAGCUGUCUUUUCUGAGACAGGGACACAUGGGCACAGAGAUAAGUGGCCUUAGUUAGUUAUCCAAGCCCCUGGGCCCAGCAGACAAGCGCCCACCUGGGUAGGCACCCAGCUUCCAGCUUCCAGUCCCCUCCAGCUGAAUGCACCUUUGCCUAUAAUGUGACCCCUUACAAGAUCACUAAGAUAUACAACAUGCGCAUUUCCAAGGAGAAAAGACUGACAAGAGGGUCUCCUGGGUGGCAUGGGGCUGGACUCUGGGAAAGAAAAACAGGAAACAAGAGUCCUAUUGGAUUUUGACAGCAGGUGUGGUGUCCAGGGAAAAGAAAUUUGGAUAGCCAGCAACUGAAAACCCCGCCAAUCUAAAAUAAGACCUCCAAGACUCUUCCCCAGGGAUGAACACAUACUGCCAGAUCUCUCCUGAACAAAUCCUCCCCUCCUUUCCCACCUCUUCUCCAGCUGGGUCCCAGGUUUCCAGCUCCUAGGAAAAACUGGAUCCCCCUAUGUAAAUCUUCCCUGUGGUGUGUGUGGGUGGAGGAACUGGGCCUCAUUAGUGGACCAUGGUCCAGGGCAGGGGAUCCAGGCCCAGCACGGGUAGGAGGAGAAGGCGUCACUUCCGGGGGCCUUCGCCAGUGUCUAGUGGCUCUCUGCUCCCUGAUUGGGCAGAAGUGGCCAGGUCAGACGUGUGACCCCACUGCUAUGGAAGGGCUGUGCCCCAACGCCACAUGUCUUCCGACUCAUCUGCUCCCCAGAGUGCGGUCCACUGUGCACCUAAUCCCUUAAGCCCUUCUGCACCCGGACAGAUUCCAGACCCUCUUUCUCGGCCCACCUGUGCCCCACCCCACUCUGCCUAAAAGUGCAAAAGCCCAAGCCGCCUCCAUGGCCCCAGGAAGGAUUCAGCGGAGAGGUCCCGUACAGGGAGCCACUCCAGCCAGACACCCCAGCCAGAAUGGAGCUGACUGAGUUGCUCCUGGUGGUCCUUCUUCUCCUUACUGCAAGACUAACUCUGUCCAACCCAGCUCCGCCUGCCUGUGACCCCCGACUCCUAAAUAAACUGCUUCGUGACUCUCACGCCCUUCAUGGCAGACUGAGCCAGUGCCCCGAAGUGAACGCUUUGUCCACACCCAUCCUGCUGCCUGCUGUGGACUUUAGCUUGGGAGAAUGGAAAGCUCAGACGGAGCAGAGCAAAGCACAGGACAUUCUAGGAGCAGUGACCCUUCUACUGGAGGGAGUGAUGGCAGCACGGGGCCAGCUGGGACCCUCGUGCCUCUCUUCCCUCCUGGGACAGCUAUCUGGACAGGUCCGCCUCCUCCUUGGGGCCCUGCAGGGUCUCCUGGGGACCCAGCUUCCUCCACAGGGCAGGACUGUAGCUCACAAGGACCCCAAUGCCAUGUUCCUGAGCUUCCAACAGCUGCUCCGAGGAAAGGUGCGUUUCCUACUGCUUGUAGGAGGGCCCACACUCUGUGCCAGGCGGGCCCUGCCCACCACCACUGUCCCAAGCAGUACCUCUCUGUUCUUCACACUAAACAAGCUCCCAAACAGGACUUCUGCAUUGCUGGAGACCAACUUCACUGUCACAGCCAGAACGCCUGGCUCUGGACUUCUCAACACACUACAGGGAUUCAGCGCCAAGAUUCCUGGUCUGCUGAAUCAGACUUCCAGGUCUUCAGACCAAAUCCCUGGACACCUGAACAGGACACAUGGACCCUUGAAUGGAACUCAUGGACUCCUUCCUGGAGCCUCAGCCAGGGCCCUACAAGUCCCAACCAUUCCACCAGGAACUUCGGACACAGGCUUCUGGCCACCCUCCCUCCUGUACUUCCACUCAGCUUCCCCAGCCCCUCCUCCUGCUGGACAGUCCACACCUUUCUCUCCUCCACCCGCCCUGCCCACACCUGGAGCCCAGCCCCGCCCCCUGCUGCCUGAGCCUUCCAUCACAGCCAACUCCAGCAGCCCUCUGCUCACUGCAGCCCACCCUCACUCCCAGAAUGGGUCUCAGGAAGGGUGAGGGACCCACACAUGGCCACAGGGGAGGGCCCCGCCCGGCAACUGCAGCUCUACCAGCUUUUACCUACAAGCUGAAGCCCUGGCAGAGGAGCUGGCUUUCACUGGACAUUAUACAACUUCAGAAGCAUUUUUUUUUUUUUUUUUUUUUUUUAGCUAUUGACAAUAUGUAUUCAUCAGAGCAGCUAGUUAUCUUUGGUCUGUUUUCCGGGUCAUUUUGCAAAUCACUAUCAAUGUGUUGUUUUUCAUGAUAACCCUACGAAAGCCUGGCCUGGCCUGGCCUGACCUUUUGACAGAGGUAGAUUAACCUUGUGUCAGAAAAGUAAUUUCCUUUGCUUCAAGUUUAAGGCCCUCUAAUGCCCAGUUCAUUCUUGAUGGGCCUCAUUUGACCCUCUGUUUGAGAUUUUUACUCUUUGAUGAGUAACAGGUGUUGAUUAAAAAGGCCAUCGAAACACACAGAACAAAGCUUGGAAAAGAAUAAAUCAUGAGUAUGCGAGAGCUAACCAAAAA